AUGGGAUCGCUGAGUUACAUUUGCUGGGUGUUCUGUCUCGUACAGAUCGUCACCGUCAGUGGCCGACCGGACUUUGCCACUACCUUCCAGUUCCCCACGACGCCCAGCAUCCGCCGAUAUUCCACUGACAUUUCAAGCCUGUUUGCCUCCAUGGACGAUGGGUUAGACUUCAUGAUGUCCGGAGCAAUAGCCAACGGUGACUCACAGCGCGAAGUGUUGGCAGUAUUCGCCGAGUACUUUGGAUUAAACGGAAGAACCGUAACGGAUCAGUUGCAAGCGUCAGCUGCCAGCACCACCAGCAUGGGCACCACAUUGACCAUGGUCUUGUUGGCGUAUAAUGAUUUAGUCGACUAUUUCAAUAACCACGCAAAUGCUUUCCUUUCCGAUGCUGCUGGAAAUUUUGGAAUUUUCGUAGCAAAAGAAUUUUACAGCGGUUUGGUACGUCUAGAGACGAGCCUGCCGAAAAUGCGAUCAGCAAUAGAAGCGCUCAAUAACAGUCUCCAGAAUGCCUCCUCAGCAGCGGAUGUGCCGAGCGACGUGUUGCGAACAUUGGUUGAAGCUCUGAAACUGUUAAAGGCAGAUCUACCGCUGCUGGUUUACUCGUUCCAGCGGAUCCGUGACAACCUUCGCACCGCCGAUGAAUACAUGGUGUUCUACAACCUGGACAAGGACGCUCUCUCGGAUGACUUUGAGAAGCUAGCGAUUAUCUUCAACAUCGAUCUGUCCAACUUCGGGACUGCAGUAGGCAACAUGUAUUCCUCCGUCGAGCAAACGUUCAACAAUACCGGAGCCCGGCUGGACACCGACCUCACCGGUACGGUCCAAAGCCAGACCAACUUUAUGCAGCUACAAACCGACCUAAAGUCCUUCACGAGCGAUCGGUCAAUGUUCGUGAGGCGCCUGAAGGAUGCUGUAAUGCUUGGCGCCAUGGGAAACCGGCAAUCGGUGCUGGAGAAAGUUAGAAACACGUACUACUUCAGCGAAACAUUCUCGCUCGACGCGCCGGCUAUGCAACUGGCGACGCAAUUGAUCGCAUCGAAAAUCUUUGACGUAUCGUGCUACAACCGAUACGUUGAACUUGUGUCGGAUCUGCCCACCCUCGGGCGUCUUCGGUUAAGCGAAUGCCUCAAUACAGAGCAGCCAAGGUUACGGAGACUAAGACAAAUGAUCGAAACGUAUGGCACUUUGGUAUCGUACGAUGUUGAGGAUCUUUGGUCCCAUUUGAAACCCUGCAGGAGUGAGUUUGCCGAGGGUGGUUGUCUGUCGGAGAUCGCCGGACACUACACGCGACUUCUGGCAGCGCGUAACAGCAACGAUGCGACCAGGGCAGGAAACUUCUUCACAUCUGCUUUGACUGCCAGCUUGAACAGAAUCGAACUUUGUUUCACCAGGACCAACGUCUUCACGUUCCAAAACUUGGUGCCCACUCUCAUGCGAGACAUCCAACGCUGUGUUGCUUGA